CGUAGAAAUCCAUAAUGGCCAGCCAAAAUACCGCGGUGAUAACAUUACACCAACUGAGAGAAGAACUACAUAAACAGACCAAUGAAAUAUCAAAAACAAUUGAUGAGAAAAUAAAACCAUUGAUUAUAGAAAAUAAAGAAUUGAAGCAGGAGGUACAAUCAUUGAAGGUGAAGAUUCUUGAAAUGGAAAAACAAACUAGAAAAAACAAUAUAAUACUGCAUGGCGUUACUGAAAAGGAAGAGAACUAUACAGAGCUUCAAGAAUUAGUUGUGGAAACUCUUAACAAGCUGAGCGUAGAAACGGCCCUACAGGAAUGGGACAAGUGGGAGCUAAGCAGAGUACAGGGACUGGGUAAAAAGAAGGAGUCAAAAAUUAGACCUAUCUUGAUAACCUUAACCCUUACAUCCAUAUGUGUGAAGAACUGAAAUUCUUAAAAAUAAAAGUAAGUUCCCGAAAAACAUAUAUGUAACCGAAGACUUCCCAUAGGAUAUCUUGUUAAAACGUAAAGAGUUAAAAAUGAAAAAGCAAGAAUAAAUUGCCAAAGGAAAGAAAGACUAUAUAUCUUACGAUAAACUUGUCGUAAACGAGACACAGAAAGACAAGCGGAAACGUUCAGAACCAUGCUCACCAAAUGCUCCAUCUACCAGUAUAUCCCAUAAUCCUCAAAAAAUAAAUAAAGUCAUGGAUUAUUUUAACAAGAAACCAAAAUAAAUAUCAGAAAACAAGCAAUAGCAAUUAGUAAAAGAUCCCUACCAAAGUGCAGGAUUUCGAAAUAAAACAAACAUAAAAAUAAAUCAAAAAAACAAAAACCCCACUCCGGCUGGUCACCGUGGGGUGUGCGACCAACACCCUCUAAUUCUUCAACAAAGGAGCUUAAAGUUCAACAUAUGUACUCUAAACACUAGAAGUCUGAGGACAAUAGAAAGCUUACAAGAAUUGGAACUAGCAUUAGAAGAUCUCAACUGGGAUGUAUUGGGUAUCAGUGAAAUGCGACGCGUGGGGGAAGGAAUAGUAGAAAAUUCAGAUUAUGUCAUGUACU